CGUGGGAUGUCGCAGAAAUAAAGAGGGCGAUCGCCCGCGGAACUUGGCUCAACGUCUCUAGCAAUUACCCUUUAACUGGCAAUCUAAGUCUAAGUUUUAUCUUAGUCUUAGUCUUCAAAAUGGAGAAGAACUUUGAUGAGACAGUUGUUGGUAGCCAAGAUGGUAGUUCCAGUGAUCUGGAGCACAUCGAAGUUGACUGGACCGAAGAAGAGGAAGCGAAACUCAUUCGCAAGGUCGAUUUCACUAUUAUGCCACUCUUAGUCCUUGGCUUUUUUGCCCUUCAACUCGAUCGAGGAAACAUUGGAAAUGCUCUCACAGACUUUUUCAUGGCUGAUGUUGGGAUUACUCAAAGUCAGUUCAACGUUGGACAGCAGCUUUUGUCUGCGGGUAUUGUCCUGCUUGAGAUUCCCAGCAACUUCAUCCUCUACCGUGUUGGGCCCGCCAAGUGGAUUGGAUCCCAGAUCAUUGCAUGGGGCCUCGUUGCCACGUUUCAGGCCUUCCAGAAAGGUUUGGGCGCUUUUCUUUCCACUCGACUUCUUCUUGGUCUUUGUGAAGCUGGAUUUAUCCCUGCAGGUCUGUAUACAAUUACUCGAUGGUACAAACGUGAUGAGACCAGCAAGCGAUUCUCCAUCUACUUCCUGGGUAACAUGAUUGCCUCUGGAGCAUCAGGUCUCAUUGCAUAUGGGAUUCUUCACAUGCGAGGUGUUGGUGGACUCGGAGGUUGGCAGUGGCUUUUCAUCCUUGAGGGUAUCUUCACCAUCCUCGUUGGAAUUCUCUUCAUUCUGUUCUUCCCCGACAGUCCCUUCAACCCCGUCUCACUCUUCAAGUUCGGUGUCUUCACUGAGAGGGAGAGAGAGAUCCUAACGAAGAGAAUUCUGAAGGAUGAUCCUUCCAAGAUUCACGCAAAGCCAAAUGUCACUAAAGAAGAGUUUCGCAAUGUGAUGACAAACUGGAGACUCAUUCCUCAUGUUCUACUUACUAUCAGUGCUCUCGCACCCGCUACAACUAUGAGCUCCUACUCGCCAAGCCUUGUAAAGUCAUUUGGUUAUGAAAGACUCAAGUCUAAUGCCCUUGUGUCAAUUGGAUCUUGGGCCCUCGUUGUGACCAACCUGCUAUGGGGUUAUCUGGGUGACAAACUUCAAAUGCGUGGCCCUCUAGUUGCAUUUGGAAUCUUCAUGUUCUGGGCAUUUACAAUCGCUGAUCGUGUCAUGGUGUUUUCACCCGAUGGACAUACGCGAUUCGCUCUGUUGACAUUAACACAUGCUUUCGGAUGGCAAUGGCAUCCCCUUAAUGGUUCUUGGAUGUCUCUCAACGCUGGUUCCGCUGGAGAGAGAUCCAUCACCAUGGCCAUCCUCAUCAUGUCAGCCAACACAUCUGGCAUUAUUGGAAGUCAACUCUUCCAAGAGCAUGAUGCUCCUCUUUACAAGACUGGCUGGACCGCUAUCAUGGCUCUGGCUUCAGUUGGUCUUGUUAUGGCUGUCGUUGCGAACUUGCAGUACUUCUUCCUCAACGGCCGACGGAUAGGUCGCAAGGGAUUGAAGUAUAGUCCUUAAUUGGGUGAAAGAAUAUUCACUUGCUAGCCAGGUCACAGCGUUGGUUGGUAGUGGAAAUAUUGGAACUUGACUGUCUGAACUUUUGAUCAAUUAUUAGAGAAUAUCAUUAGGGAAUCAUGGACUAGAGAACAAUUCUGUGUUUACUUGGUCUCCUUCUUAGCGUCCUUCUUGGCCUCACCAGCAAUCUCUUGGGCCUUCUCAGACUUCUUCUCCAGCACCUGUCGCAGCUCCUCGACGGUCUCUUUGAACAGCUUCUCACCCUCUUCCUUGUGCUUGUCCGCAACCUCGCUCAACUGCUGCAACUUCUCCAUGACCUCGCCACCGUUGGGGAUCUCCUUGAUGUACUUCUCAAUAUCAACCCAGCCACCGGUGAGCUCGUUACCCUUGGACUUGACCUUCUCAGUCGCAUCCUUGACGUACUUCUCUAGGUCGCCUAGGUCGCCAGAGUCGACAGCAGACUUGGCGCGCUU